AUGUCGCUGAAGCAGAUCGUCGGAAACAAGCUUCUGAACGAGGUGAUUCGUCCUCUGAAGAAACCCGAGGGAAAAGGAUGGAAUGCCCUGGUCGUCGACAGGUUGUCGAUGCGAAUGCUUUCGGCUUGUUGUAAGAUGCAUAACAUCAUGGAAGAUGGCAUAACAAUCGUCGAAGAUUUAGCAAAACGAAGAGAACCUCUUCCGAGUCUAGAGGCGAUAUACCUUAUCGCUCCCACAAAGGAGUCGAUAGAUCGCUUGAUUGCCGAUUAUACAGUUCGUAAUCAGUACAAGUGUGCCCAUGUUUUCUUCACGGAGGCUUGUGCCGACACGUUAUUCUCCGAGUUGUCUCGUAGUGCCGCUGCUCGACAUAUUAAGACGUUGAAGGAAAUCAACAUUGCCUUCACUCCAUACGAAAGCCAGGUUUACACCUUGGACUCGCCUGAUACGUACUUCCUAUACUACAAUGCACAAAAGCAGGGCGGCUUAACAUACAAUCUCGAACGUAUAGCGGAACAACUGGCAACGGUAUGCGCCACCCUCGGAGAGUAUCCUUCGCUACGUUAUCGAGCUGAUUUUGAAAGAAACGUAGAGCUCGGUCAUUUGGUGGAACAAAAAUUGGAUGCUUAUAAAGCUGACGAUCCGACAAUGGGUGAAGGCGCCGACAAAGCUCGUAGUCAGCUUCUCAUCAUCGAUCGAGGCUUCGAUGGUGUAACUCCACUUCUUCACGAGUUGACCUUACAAGCAAUGUGCUAUGAUUUGCUUGGUAUUGAGAAUGAUGUUUAUCGCUAUGAAACAGGCGGAAAUGAUAGCGUCGAGAAAGAGGUAUUAUUUUUUUUCUUAGGUACUUCUGGACGAAAACGACGACCUGUGGGUCAGCCUCAUUUGUGGCACUUUAAAAUUGAUACUAAGGCGGGCUUCAAAUCUAUCAAGGACUUGUCAAUGAUGAUUAAGAAGAUGCCUCAGCAUCAGAAGGAGCUGAAUAAGUUUAGCACUCAUUUCCACUUGGCAGAGGAAUGUAUGCGCCAAUAUCAAAGUGGUAUCGACAAACUUUGCAAAGUUGAACAGGACCUUGCUACCCAAGUGGAUGCUGACGGUGAACGCGUACGUGAUCCUAUGAAAUUGAUGGUGCCGUUAUUAAUUGAUCCUGUUGUAAAAACGGAAGAUAGGCUGAGGCUUAUUCUUUUAUAUAUCCUCAGUAAGAAUGGGAUUACUGACGAAAAUUUGAAUAAAUUACUUCAACAUGCUAACAUCGCCAUGGCUGAGAAGGAAACUAUCACUAAUGCAUCAUUUCUGGGCUUGAACAUCACAAUCGAUCAAGGCCGUAAGAAGGUAUGGACACUAGCGCGAAAGGAGCGGCCAAAUGAACAAGUAUACCAGUCCUCACGUUGGGUUCCGGUGCUGAAGGAUAUCAUGGAGGAUGCAAUUGAUGAUAAACUUGACACCAAACACUUCCCAUUUCUAGCGGGACGUCAAAUCAACCAACCGUUUAGAGCCCCAACCUCGGCGCGUUACGGGCAGUGGCAUAAGGAACGUGGGCAGCAAGCUCAGUAUCGCAGUGGUCCGCGUUUGAUUGUGUUUGUUAUUGGAGGAUUAACAUACUCGGAGAUGAGAGCGGCUUAUGAGGUGACCCAGGCGAAGAAACCGUGGGAGGUUAUCAUAGGUUCCGACCAAAUCAUUACUCCUGAGAAAUUCCUGGCAAAUCUCCGCGACUUGAAUAAGCCGAGAGAACAAUGA